AUUUAGCCUAUUACUGUCAAUUAUGAAUAAUAUUGUUAAAAUAAAUGGAUAAUGAACAAUGUUGUUGUAACAUGUAGGUAACAAAGUCAGUAACUAAUAAAUAUAUUGGAAAUUAAAUUUAAAAAGAUAACAAUGGCUGCAAAAGUAAAUGAGCUGGCAAAUAAUGAUUAUGAAGCAACACUGCCUGGUCAUGGUGCAAAAACAUCUGAUUAUUAUCAAACAGAGAGUCUCCCUAAUAAAUUUAAUAAUCCAGAUGUUUUCAAAGGUUAUGGUUCGAAACAAUCUAAUCCAAUGUAUAUAACCAGUGCAAAUGAAUAUGGGUGGCAUAUCUUAUGCAGUCUUGCGCCUUGGUGGAUUGCUAAAAUUUAACAUCAAGCGAAGUCAUCCACCAACUGUUCAUACAAUGCCAUAUGCGUUUCAUUCUAAAAAUCAGAAGUUCUCUGAGCAUCUUGGACAGUGUGGAAUGUAUCGCAAUUACUCUUUGAAUACAUCUGUUGACAAGAAUCCUGUAUCUAGUCACCGAGAUGGCCUUUUCUAAAAUUGUUUAUGAAAGAUAUGAAUAUGUAAUUUAUGAUAUAUAAUGUAAAAUGCAUUUUUGA